CUCCCCAGGAAACGUUUUGUUAUACAACAAGCCUGAAGGCCUUUGGGGGACAUUGCAGAUCCAAACCAUGAAAGUGCCAAAUUUUGUUCUGUUGAGAUGGAUCAUCCUGUUACUCAAAAACGUUUCAGAUUUUGCAAUGUUGUGGAUUUCCUAUUUUCCAGGUUAGACUGGGUUAAGAAGACAAAAGAAACAGGAGUAACAUUCAUUUUAAAAAUUAGUUUAGUCCAAUGCUGAUCAAUAAAAAAAAAUUAGUUGGGGUUGGGGAUUUAGCUCAGUGGUAGAACGCUUGCCUAGGAAGCACAAGGCCCUGGGUUCGGUUCCCAGCUCCGAAAAAAAGAACCAAAAAAAAAAUUAGUUUAGCUAGGCAGGGGGUGUCAAUACAUGCCUUCAAUCCCAGCACUUGGGAAGCAGGUGGAUCUCUGUGAGUUUAAGGCAAGCCUGGUCUACAGAGUGAGUUCCAGGACAGCCAGGGCUACAUAAAGAAUCUGACUUGAAAAACCAAAUAAAUGAGUAAAUAAACAAAUAGCAAACAAACAGUAAACGUAUAAUAAAAAUAAAAAUUAGUUUAGGAGAGAUGGCCGUUAAGUGCAGAGGACCUGGGUUCAAUACUGAGAACCCACAGUUGUUUCACAACUUUAACCUCUGUUGCGGGGAUCUGAUGCCCUCUUCUGGCCCACAUAGGUACUGCAUGUAUGUGACACCGCCUUAACACUUAGGCAAACAACAACAAAACCAUACACGUUAAAAAUAAUAAAAAUAGUGGUUGGGGAUUUAGCUCAGUGGUAGAGCGUUUGCCUAGCAAGCGCAAGGCCCUGGGUUCGGUCCCCAGCUCUGGGAAAAAAAAUCAACAACAUUGAAAAAUAAUAAAAAUAGAAUAAACACCGGUCUCUCCUUGACUUGAAACUUACCAAGUAGGCUAGGCCGACUAGCCACAGAGAUCUGCCUCACCAGCACCAGGACUGCCAGAGCAUACCACCAUCCCUGGCUCUUUUCAUGAGUUCUGGGGACUGAACUACGACUGCUGUGCCCGAGCUUCACCACCUGAAAACAACCUGGCAAUCAGAGAAUGGAAGGACCUGUGAGAACUCGUGCAGGUUAAAGGGUAGAAACAGGUGUGACUACUAGGUGGCCUGGCACAUGGCCAGGCCUUGUGACAGACCAGUAAAGCAUGUGUGUGCAUACGUGUAGAUGCCGAGUGUGAUUUUGUUAAUGUGUGUGUUGCUCUGUAUGUACCUGCAUGCCAGAAGAGGGCAUCAAAUUCCUUGAUAGAUGGUCAUGAGCCACUAAAGUAGUUUUGGGAAUUGAACCCAGCACCUCUGAAAGAGCAGCCGGUGCUCUUAACCACUGAGCCAUCUCUCCAGCGCCAUGAAUGUGAUAUUUUGUGUGUGUAGAGCGGGCGGGGGGGCACCAUGUGGGUGCAGUGCCUGCAGAUGUCAGAAGAGGGCAUUGAAUCUCCUAGAACUGAGUUACAGAUGACUGUGAACUACUGUGGGUGCUGGGAAUUGAACCUGGAUCCUUUGCAAGAAGAGCAAGUGUUCUUAGGCCCGGAGCCAUCUCCCCAUCCCACAAUUGAUUGAUGGAUUGAUUUUGAGACAUGAUUUCUUUGUUUAACACUGCUGGCUACCCUGGGACUCACUAUGUAGAAUGGGUUAACUUCAGAUUCAUAGAGAUCUGCCUGCCUGUGCUUCCUGAGUGCUGAGAUCGAAGGUGUUGGACACUAGGCCUAGCUCAGCCCAUGUUUCUCACCUCUCUUAUCAAUUUGGUCCUAAUUGGCUCAGUAGGCUGUGCACCAAACAUUGCCUCUCAUGCCCAAUUCCUUCAGCCAUGCCUGUCCUUUGGAGAUAAAAACUGGCAAAAUCCAAAUGCCAGCAGCUGAUCCGAGGUCCUGCUUUCUUCCCAGCCCUGAUGAAUUGACUGUACCCUUGUUCUAUGAGCCGACAUAACUGAGUGAAUCUGUAAAUGAGCGCAGUGUUUCUGUCAGAAAAAGAAGUGAGCAGCCUCGGAGGCAGCGUGGGGAUGUUUGCAUACCACUGUGAACAGACGUCACAGCCCACAUUAUACAGUCCCAACUGUUCCAUCGCUAGGACAGCGCAGCUGACAGUGUUUGUACCUGUUAUUCCAGCGCUCAGGGGUGCAGUUGGGACAAGCAGAAGUCAACAAUUAGUCUUGAUUUUGCGAGCUUGAGGCAGCCUGGGCUACAUGAGACUGCCUGAAAGACAAAACAAAUGCGGACCGGGGAAUGUAGUUUAGUUGGUAGAGUAGUUUGUUGCCUGGCAUCCCUGAAGCCCUGGGCUGAAUCAGCAGCACUGCACAAAGCUGGCUUGGGUGUAUGAAUUUUAUCCCCACUCUUAGGAAGCAGAGGCAGGAUAGGCUGUGAAGCCCAAGGUCCUCCCUUAGCUACCUGGGAGUCAUGACCAGCUUGUGUGCUACAUGAUCCCAGAGAGCAAAUUGUUUAUAAUGGCUUUAUGUCAUGUAUAUUUUAUCUCUUUUUAAAUAUUCUUUUCAAGAAUAUUAACCCUCCGCACAUUUUAAACGCAGCUUGAGGUUUAAUUACAGGGAGUGACCUUGGCUGAGGCGUUAGGGAGCCGGGAUCAGUCUCCAUAAGAUUCAAAAUCUGUUGGUGCAGCUCAGAGCACCUGCCUAUGCUGGCAAGGCUCUGAGUGCCAUCCCUAAUACCACAAAAACGAAAAAAUGUGUAACGCAAAAACCGAAUAUUUCGAAACAAAGACAUUUUUUUCUAAGGGAUACGCCGAGUGAACUGAAGAGGGCGCAAAACCGCAGACCUUGCGGGCAGCGGGCGAGGAUCGUGGCGGAGCUGUGAGAUGUCUUCCUUCCCAUACCGAUUCUCAUUGACCAGUUUAAAAUGGUUGCCAAGCCAUCGCCUGGCAUUGGGGGAGCUAUCUCAUUUGAAGCAAAGAGACGGCAGGGUGAGCCCCACAUCUUGCUCUCCCGCUGCUCUUCCCGGGUCACUGAAGCUUUGGGGAACUGUCAUCAGAGCAGACCAGCUGCCGCAGGAAGGAGAGCGCUCCAAGCGCUGACUUGCUGCUGCCCCUUUUUUUAAUAUUUUAGCCUUGCUGGGGAUGGAAUCCACGACAAGCUAGGUAAAUGCUCUCCCUGAACAGAGCUGAACCCCCAGUUCUUUUUUGACUCAGUGUUCUGACAAUCCUUAUAACUGAAUUUUAAAGCCCUAUAAUCAGACAUCUGUGAUGGGAUCUGAUGCCCUCUUCUGAUGUGUCUGAAAACAGCUAUAGUGUGCUCAUAUACAUAAAUAAAUCUUAAAAAAAAAGAAUAUAAGCUAUAUCAAAUCUAAGAUGCCAUCAAUGUUAGAGCUUGAUAUUCGUUAUAUUUCACCAGGAAAGCACCUGAUAACCAGACCCUGACAUGCCAUUGGUUUUAAGUUAUAUUUAUGUUUUGGAUAAGUUAAACUGGAAAAAAAUGUGUUUUUACAAUUGCUGAAAACUGUUUUCAUUUCUGGACAGGAAAGGGUUUUCAGGGUUUGGCUUUGGUUUUUCACAUAAACCCUUUUUAAUUUUUUUUGUGUUUUAGCCCAGGCACGGUAGCACAGGACUGGCAAAGGCAGUCAAAUCUGAGGCCAGUCUGGUCUGCCUAACUGAGCUCAGGCCAGCCAGAGCUACAGAGUGACUCUGUCUCACACACAACAAAUUAUGUAUGUGUUGUGUGAAUAUGUGUCUCAUGUGUCUCCCACAGAGGCCAGAGGAGGGAAUCCCCUGGCGCUGCCCAGUGUGCAUAUGGGGCACUGACCUCUGGUUCUGUGGAAAAGAAGCAAAUGUCUUAACCAUUAGGAAAUCUCUCGGGGGUUGGGGAUUUAGCUCAGUGGUAGAGCGCUUGCCUAGCAAGCGCAAGGCCCUGGGUUCGGUCCCCAGCUCUGGGAAAAAAAAAAAAAAAAAAAAGAAAUCUCUCCAGCCCCUUACAUAAACCUUUUAUAGAUUAUUUACAGAUUGGAUUGUACAUCACAUUUACAGAUAAGAAAUCCAUCUAGGCUCAAAGAACAACAAAGCUACUGCUGCUUUGAGAAAUGCAAGCCACACAUGCAUUUUACACCCUGAAGCAGAAGACAGGAUUCACAUUACCCUUUAGACACUUGGAGUAUGUGCAGCACCAUCUGACCCCUCAUCUUUCUGGGGCAGAACCCACAUAUGACCCUCCUCCUCUGUUAGGCCAAAAGCAUUAGUUUAUUUAGGGUAAUAAGCAAUCAGAAGUGGAAGCUACACAGAUAAUCCCAUUUCUUCCAGAAUAUAGCAGCAGGAGCUGGGGGGACGGCUUUGCCAGGAAAGGCACUUGCUUUCUCAGGCCUCAGAAUCUGAGUUUGAUCCUUCACUCUGAAGACUCUGAGCCUGGCUUAUUAAAUUUAAUAUCUGAAGUAUCUUCUGCUGCCCAAUCUGCUUUUCUGCGGAAGAGAUCUUUAUAGUAUUAUGUGAGCAGCACCCAUGAGACAGCUGUGGUGGUCCAAUCUUGUAAUUCUAGCAUUCUGGAGCCUGGAGGAGGAGGAUGCCGCCUCUGGACACCUGGCUAGCCUGGGCUAUAACCUGGGAUGCAGAGACUCUGGCUCAAACAGAGAAGAAAGCACAUUAAGACCAAGAGAACAGUUAAGAAAAAGCAUGAAGAGAAAGCAGAUCUUGGUGAGUUCAGGGCCAUCCUAGUCUACAUAGUAAGUUCUAGGCCAGACAGGGAUAUAGAGUAAGAUUCUGUCUAAAAAGAAAAAAAUAAAAGGAAAGAGGCACUAAUUUAGUCGGAAAGGCCUCAAAACUCCUGGGACCUGACUGCUCUGCUGUGAUUAAAGGUGUGUGCAACUUUUUAUGUGAGAAAGCUUUGUGUUGGGCAAUCUACAUUAAUGGCCAUACCAUAAAAUGUAUUCAGUAGUGAUCAGAUACAAAUAGUUACCAUCUUCCCAGUUUGAAAUUACUAAGGAUUAAAGGAAAGGGCACUGCCAGUGUUAGGGAAAUUGAACUUAGGCGUGUGGAACCCUUGUAUACAAGAGGAUCUCCAAACUCUGCCAUGAUUAGAAGUUACAAAAAUAUUCAAGAGCCUUCUGCUGAAUAAUUGUCCGUCAAUAAAUCCUAAAUUGUAUGUGGCGGCAUACAUGCCUUAAUCCCAUCACUCUGGAGGUAGAGGAUCAAACACUCAAGGCCAAGCUUGACUAUAGAGGGAGUUAGGGACUGGCCUGGGAUAUUUGCAACCAUGACUCAAAACAAUCUACCCUAAGGAAAGCACUUUUAUCUAUAUACAUUGCAUUUACCCUUACUAUCGAAAAAUAACCUUCCUAUACAACUAGAAUAGAGUUUAGAGAAACAUCAUAGGAAGUGGUUGUGUUGUCAGAAGAGAAACAUUUUUCCCCUUUCAGGUUAGAGACCUGGAAGUCCUAAGUUGAAAUGACUCUCCCAUCUCACUAUCUCAAGUAGUUGGGACUACAGACACACUAUUGUGCAAAGCGAUCAGAGAUGAUUAAAACAAAAAAUGGUAUGUGUGUGUUGUGUGGUCAAGUGGUAGGAUUGAUUUGCCCAAAGCCUCUCUCGAAUGCAUCACUCCCCCAUAUAUGUAAUCAUAAACCACUGGUCUUAGGUCAUCUAACAAGACUAGAGCUCUCAAAUGGUGUGAAUUAACUAGUGAAGAGUACAUUUUUGGUAAUCUAUUUCAUGUCUCAAGACCAUGUAGGGGGUAAUGUACAUGCUAAGCAAGCAUUCUACCACUAAGAUUUCUCUCAUCUUUCUUGAGACAGGCUUUCACUAAGCUUCCCUGGCCGCCUCGAACACACUCUGUUGCCCCGGCAGGUCUUGAAGUUGUAGUUCUCCUGGGCUGGGGUUGUAGUCUUGCUUUUCACCCACCUACUGGCCUGGAGACUUGGGAGUCUCACUUUUGAUGAGCUAAGCUAGUGUUUUCCGUCUCCUCUAGAUAGCUCCUUUGCAGGUGAGGUCAUGCCCCACUAUUCUCCCAGCCUGUUUCAUCGGAGUUUCCCUUACACCUGAAGGUUCAUGUUACACAGCUCCUGUUGCUCUCUUGCUGAAAGCUUCUGUCUACUUAACACCCUUGCGCAGACUUAAAAGGUCCAAGUUCUGCAUGCUGUCUCUGCACCUUUCCUUUGAUGACCACCACCCCCUUAAAAAAAACUAUCCAAAGUGGAUUUAGCCUCCUCAAUAUUGUACUUGAAAGAAAAACGUAAUUUUGACCGCGACCUCUUGUGAUGGCAUUCAGAGGCAUACCAACUGUGGUACCCACUGUGGCACCACCAAAACAAUAACACUAUUGUUAAUUUCUACCAGGUCUGGCAGGGGUGGGUCAGUCAAAUCCGGAGAGACUCCGAACAUCAUCCGUAUUCUGCUGUGUUGCUGGAAUUCUAACUUUUUACCCAUUUAUCUCUGUAAGUGCACACGAGAUGACCCGGAGGUGUCUCCACCUGGGAGAGGUACAUCGGUCGGGCGCCGCGCUCUGGGGUUGCGUCCUCCGCGCACCUGGUAGUCUCAGCCUUCACUCGCGAGGCGCAGCACACAGAGCGCUUCUCGUGCGAGGGCCCGCGGCCUUGGGAAGGCGAGGGGUUCGCAGACUGCGAGUUCGUUAGGCAAAGUGGGAUACAGGACUAGCUCGGGCACUGACAGCCCAUGUGGGUCGGGGACUGAUCCCCUAAAGCGGGCAGCCCUGCAGUCUGUUUCGACGCCAGGACCAGCGAAGAGACGAUGAUGCUGGGAGCAGAAGGCGGAGAGGGCUUCGUGGUGAAGGUCCGGGGCUUGCCCUGGUCCUGCUCCGCGGAUGAAGUGCAGCGGUUUUUUUCUGACUGCAAAAUUCAAAAUGGGGCUCAAGGUAUUCGUUUCAUCUACACCAGAGAAGGCAGACCGAGUGGCGAGGCUUUUGUUGAACUUGAAUCAGAAGAUGAAGUCAAAUUGGCCUUGAAAAAAGACAGAGAAACUAUGGGACACAGAUAUGUUGAAGUAUUCAAGUCAAACAACGUUGAAAUGGAUUGGGUGUUGAAGCAUACUGGUCCCAAUAGUCCUGACACGGCCAAUGAUGGCUUUGUACGGCUUAGAGGACUCCCUUUUGGAUGUAGCAAGGAAGAAAUUGUUCAGUUCUUCUCAGGGUUGGAAAUCGUGCCAAAUGGGAUAACAUUGCCGGUGGACUUCCAGGGGAGGAGUACGGGGGAGGCCUUCGUGCAGUUUGCUUCACAGGAAAUAGCUGAAAAGGCUCUAAAGAAACACAAGGAAAGAAUAGGGCACAGGUAUAUUGAAAUAUUUAAGAGCAGUCGAGCUGAAGUUAGAACUCAUUAUGAUCCACCACGAAAACUUAUGGCCAUGCAGCGGCCAGGUCCCUAUGACAGACCUGGGGCUGGCAGAGGGUAUAACAGCAUUGGCAGAGGAGCUGGCUUUGAGAGGAUGAGGCGUGGUGCUUAUGGUGGAGGCUAUGGAGGCUAUGAUGAUUAUAAUGGCUAUAAUGAUGGCUAUGGAUUUGGUUCGGAUAGAUUUGGAAGAGACCUCAAUUAUUGUUUUUCAGGAAUGUCUGACCACAGAUAUGGGGAUGGUGGCUCCACUUUCCAGAGUACAACAGGACACUGUGUACACAUGCGGGGAUUACCAUACAGAGCUACUGAGAAUGACAUUUAUAAUUUUUUUUCACCACUCAACCCUGUGAGAGUACAUAUUGAGAUUGGACCUGAUGGCAGAGUAACUGGUGAAGCAGAUGUUGAGUUUGCAACCCAUGAAGAUGCUGUUGCAGCUAUGUCAAAAGAUAAAGCAAAUAUGCAACACAGAUAUGUAGAACUCUUCUUGAAUUCUACAGCAGGAGCAAGCGGUGGUGCUUACGAACACAGAUAUGUAGAACUCUUCUUGAAUUCUACAGCAGGAGCAAGCGGUGGUGCUUAUGGUAGCCAAAUGAUGGGAGGCAUGGGCUUGUCAAACCAGUCCAGUUACGGUGGCCCAGCCAGCCAGCAGCUGAGUGGUGGUUAUGGAGGUGGCUAUGGUGGCCAGAGCAGCAUGAGCGGAUAUGGUAGCCAAGGAGCAGUGAACAGCAGCUACUACAGUAGCGGAAGCCGUGCAUCUAUGGGCGUGAAUGGAAUGGGAGGGAUGUCUAGCAUGUCUAGUAUGAGUGGUGGAUGGGGAAUGUAAUUGAUUUUGAUCACUGACUCUUGGUCAAAAAGAAAUUUUUUUAAAACCCUUCAGUUUAACAGUUUUUGCAAUCCAGCCUUGUGGUUUUAAUGCCUGCUCUCUUAAGUGAACUUUGGCAUCGAUCGCUCAAAGAAGGUUCAAUGUUGAACAUAGCAGUCACCUAGGAUGAUAGGGCAAAGUUGAGUAACUUUAACUGUUAAACUUAAUUCCUAGCUUUUCUCUAGUUAUGUAGGAUGUACGUAAGCAGUAAGUGUAUUUAGGUUAAAGCAGUUGAAUUAUGUUAAAUGUUGCUCUUAUACAUACAUACAUUGAACACUGUUGAUGCAUGUUGAAAAGACAUGCUUUUUUUGUAAAACUAUAGGAGCUGCGUCUACAAUUAAAAGUGAAACAUUUGGCAUGUUUGUUAAUUCUAAAUUCAUUUGAUAACCUGUAAGGCACGUGAGUUUAAAGCUCUUUUCUUUUUUUAAGUUAAUGGAGAAAUUCUGAGACGCAAUACCAUUACUUUUUAGGAUUUUUGGUCUUGGUGUUUGUACGAAAUUCUGAGGCCUUGAUUUAAGUCUUUCAUUGUAUUGUGAUUUACUUUUAGGUGUAUUGCGCUAAGUGAACCUUGUCAAAUAAAUCUUCCUUUUAAAAGCUA